GCCUGGUAAGAGUGUGUGGUGAGGAAGUGUCUGCACCUUCAAGCAUCUGACCUGAGAGGAGGGGAUAAUCUUCGGGACCAAUCAGUUGAGCAUCACCGUGGAGCCAGCAGUAAGGGAAUAAUUGCGAUCAUGUGCUUUUUUUCCUCAUUGAAUUAGAGUUUGGCUUCAAAAUAGAGCAUUGUGAGUAUUGGACCUUGAGAGGUUGACAUCUUUUGACUAGCUUUCAGUCAUGUUGUUUGCUCGCUGAGGGUUCGAAAACACAGACUCAAGCGAUCCGUCCGAAGGCAAACCAGAGGGUUACCCUGGCGAUCGACUCCAAAACCACCGUGGGAAUGACAAGUGUGACAGCAUCAUGUGUGCCGGUCCGCUGCGAGCGUUUGGCACGACGGCCAACAUCAAACACAUCGUGAUGGGCAGAUGCUUCGAUUACGUCACACUCGUCAACCCCAGCGUGAGGUACGACUGCGAGGAGAUCUGGAGAGCGUUUGAGGAGGCGGUGGUGCGGCAGGCUUCCUGCGACGUGGCCGCGGAGCACUACCGCCGCAUGUUCCAAGCCAUGCCGCAAACGUGGGCCUGCGACCGGUUCCUGUUUUGGAGCAAGACCAAGAGGCUGAUACAGGACUACACCGCCGUGGCGCGUCACUUCCGGACGCUGGAGGACACGCUGGCGGGCUACAUGUUCAACGACCUCGUCUGGUGUGGCCAACAGGAAGACGCGGAUUUCGAUUUCAGCUCGUGCCCCAAAUGGUCGGCGUGUUUAAAUCAUCCCGUGCACUCCUUGUGGAGGCAAGCGUCCGAAAACUUCGCAGAACUGGCGUGCGGCAACGUCACCGUGCUGCUCAAUGGCUCCAUUGAGAAGGCUUUCAACAGGAACAGCAUGUUUGGAAGCGUGGAGCUGGACAAUCUGAAUCCGCAAAGGGUGAACUUCGUCAACAUCAAAGUGGUGACUAAUCUGGAGGGCCCAUUUAUAGAAUCCUGCGGCGAGGGUUCCGUCGUGGACUUAAUCCACAUCCUGCAGUCUAGAGGAUUCCGCUGGACGUGCUCGGACAACGACCAGAUCCUGAUGAUCCUGCAGUGCGUCCGGAAACCGGAACACGCGUCGUGCCGGACGUGUGCGGACAGCCUGUCCGCAGUCCGGUUCAUGGAUUUUGUUGCCAGAAGACAAAUCUCAAAUCAGAAAAAUGAUAAUAAUAUUAAUUUCUUCUAAAAUGCUUUUCAGAAUUGCUUCAAAUAUUUUUGAGAGUAAAGUUGAUUUUUUUGUAAGAAAAAAAGGUAUGAAAAUGUGUUUUUUUUUUUAGAUUUUUUUCUGCAGAAACUAUUGUAAUAUUAUGAGAAUGUUGUAUUUUUUUAUGUUUCUUUCUUCAAGAAUUAGUUACGCUCUUCUGAUAUUGCAGCGCUUCCUUGCCUGUUCACAGGAUGGCUCCCUCAUAGAAAAGUAGUGCUUUGGGGCCAUCUUGUGGCAUCUAUAGGCAAUUAUAAAACAUUUUCUGGAGGAAAGUAAAAUGUUUAUUUUGCUAUUCAUAGCAAUUCUCAGUCCAUUCACCGUAGAUAACUGUACACUUUUUCUAAAGAUAUAUGUUUUAAUUGUUGUAACCUCAAGAGAAUAAAGUCAAGACUUUUUUUUUUCUCCAGGAGUUGUACUUUUUCAAGAGUAAAGUAAUAUUUUUUUUCCAGAUUUUUUUUCUCUCCAAGAAUAGAUGUCAUUUUUAUGAGAAUAAAGUAAAAAAAAAUUCA